AUGCUGAAACAACAGCAACAACCCGGCUCAGGCGGGAGAAAAGCGUCUAACGGAACAUCGGGCCCGGGCGGUAUGUCUUCCCCAGUCAGUGGCAUCAACAGCGGCAGCAGGACACCGUCGGGAAGGAACCGAAACUCUGCGAAGCCAUCAUUCCAAUCAUCUCCUGUGUUUGAGGGUGUGUACAACAAUGCAAGAAUGCUUCAUUUCCUCACUGCUGUAGUGGGGUCAACAUGUGACAUAAGAGUGAAAAAUGGAAGCGUAUUUGAAGGCAUUUUCAAAACUCUGAGUUCUCGGUGUGAACUGGCAGUGGACGCUGUACACAAACGGAGUGAGGAUGGAGGGUCAACCUCAGUUCCACCAAGGAGAGAGGAGAUUACUGACACCAUGAUCUUCAGUCCCUCAGAUUUAGUCACGAUGAUCUGCAGAGAUGUAGACCUAAACUAUGCCACCAGAGACACCUUCACAGACACAGCCAUCAGCUCUAGCCGCAUCAACGGAGAACAUAAAGAGAAGAUUUUACAGAAGUGGGAUGGAGGAGACAGCAAUGGAGAGAGUUAUGAUCUAGAAAAUGAUGCUUCUAAUGGCUGGGAUGCCAAUGAGAUGUUUCGUUACAAUGAAGUUAAAUAUGGAGUCACCUCGACCUAUGAUUCCAGCCUCUCCAUGUAUACAGUUCCAUUAGAGAGAGGCAACUCUGAGAACUAUCGGCAGAGGGAGGCGCGCGCUGCCCGCCUGGCCAGUGAGAUCGAAUCAAGCCCCCAGUAUCGCCAUCGCGUGGGCCUGGAAAAUGAGGAGACCAAAAGUGAGGAGGACAAAUAUAGCGCUGUGGUGAGGGAUGGCAACGAUCGGGAGAAGGGUCGUGAGAGCCCCCGGGACAGAGAGCGCGAAAGAGGCCGAGACAGUCCUGGAGCCAGCAGCAGGGAGGGUAAAUACGUUCCAUUACCUCAGCGCCAGAGAGAGAUGAAUCGAGAACGAGAGCGGGCCGAAAGAGGCCCAGGUGGGCCCUCACAACACAGUCGUCUUGGCGGUGGUUACCGCUCUACCCCUCCAUCCUCCUCUUCCUCAUCGCCCAGACCUCCACUGCCCUCUGCUACUGGACCCCAGUCUGGGAUGUCUCCCUCAGAGAGAAGCAGCCCUCUGUCAGUUCGAGGUGGUCCCCACCAACCACAGGGAAGCCCCAGCCCGGGCCCAGGCUCCGGCCCCGCAAGUCCAUACACACCGGCCUCCCCAGGGGGUCAGGCGACCUCGCCAGCCUCUGCCUCAUCUGCCACAUCUCCAGCCAGCCCCCCCGCCCCACAUGGACAUGCAGUUCCUCAUUCCCACUCACUCCCACACUCGUUGUCUGAUGGCAGCAGACCUGUUAAUGGAGUCUCAUCUAAAACAUCACCAAAAGCCCAAAGACCGCCUCAGUCGAGCAGGACAAACCGUAAUCCCAGCUGUCAUGCUCAGUCAGCAGCUGCCCGUUCCCCUAAAUCGAUCUCUUCCCAGGACCCGCCUUAUUUGGACACUUCUUCUGUCUCCCUGCCUACCCAGAAGACAUCUGGUCCCGCCCCCCUCUUUCCUGUAGAUGUGAAUGUGAUCCUUGGCACAGCUGCAAAAGAACGUGCCGCAGAGAGCCCGGCCAGCACGGAGGACGGCAAGAGCAGCAAAGUCCAGCAAAGGUCACAGAUUGAAGAGCUGCGGAAAUUUGGCAUAGAAUUUAGGCUUCAGUCCAGUGGGGGCAGCUCCACCUCUCCCACUGCUCCAGCAGCAGCUCCUGCUUCCGUCAGUGAUGCCGCCCAGUCCAGCGCGGCCAAGCCCUUGCCCUUGGACGCCCGCCCUGCGUCAGAGUCCCAGCCCCCUGCUCCCAGCUCUUCCCAGCCUCAGGCCUCGCCCGCUCCCCCUGAGGACGCAACCAAGGAUGCUGCGAUCCCAUCGGGCACCGCGCCCACCAACACAGCAACACCGCUUUCUGACAGGCAGUCACCAGCCACCCCUCAGCCUGCAAGGACCCCUGGCAGUGAGGAUCUCAAGUCGGACACAGCAGAACACACAGAGGGUGUAGCAGAUCAAGUAAAGAAAUCAACCUUAAACCCGAACGCUAAAGAGUUCAACCCAAUCAAAGCUCAAAUGCCCAUGACAAAGCCCAACACUGCCCCCACCCCCCCUCGGCCUACUCCUCCAAGCCCAGUUGUCAUGCCGCACGGUCAGGGUCCAAUCUCCUCCUACACUCCUUACCUCUCCUAUGUCUCACAGAUCCACCCUGUGCAGCCUCCUCCCAUGUACCAGUACACCAUGUCCACUGUCAGCCAAGGAAAAUACCCACGGACCAAAGGCUCUGUGGUGGCUCCGCGCUCUGACCACGGCGCCUCCGCACAGCCAAUGCUGCAGGCAUCAGCAGCAGGGGCUCCUCUGGUGUCUCCCUAUCCUCAGUCCUACCUGCAGUACAACCCUCAGCAGUACAGCCAGCAGCAGGUCAUCCAGGCCAUGACAACCUACCCUGGACAGCAAAUGUACUCCAUGCUUCAGAGUGGAGCCAGGAUGAUAAGUCAGGGUGGUGGUCCCCACCCACAAGCCCUCGGACCGCCAGGAACCCCACAGUUCCCCACACAAGGCGAUGGGUCUCAGGGGCCACAGCAGGGCAUCUAUGCUCCGCAGUCAUUCACCCAUCAUUCAGGCGCCGUUCAUCAGCCUCAGCCAUCCUCAACCCCAACAGGCAACCAGCCCCCACCCCAGCAUGCUGCUCCCAGCCCCGGACAGAACGCCCAGUCUGGCCCACAGCCUCAGUCUUUGUACCACUCAGGUCCUUUGUCAGCACCUACACCGCCUAACAUGCCUCCAGGUCACACGUCUCCACAGGGCUCCUACCCCAUUCAGGGCUACAGCAUUCACAGCCACCAAGGCCUCCCGCCCUCUUACCCCCUGGGGCAGUUAGCGCAGGCCCAUGUACAGGGAGCCAUGUCAGGUCCUCACCACUCAGGUAGCCACGGUCAGCCACAGUUGGUGAUGUUACAACCUCAACAGGGUCCAGGGGGAGUCCCCCAGCACCCCCAGCACGGACCUCAGCAAGGUGCACCCCAGCACUUUUAUAUAGGACACCCACAAGUGCCGGUACAAACACACCCAGCAUCAUUCCAUCAGCCUGGAAACUAAAUUUUCUUUCCUCCACAACCACCCAAACUGCCCCCCCCCCCCGCCCCCUGCGUGCUGGAUGUGAGGCCCAGGAAACUAUGACUCAUUAUAAACUGACAGAUGCAUACAGAGAGAAGAGAUUCUCACAGCACCUUACUGCUCUGCUGUAAUGUUGUUCAUCAGGACAAACAUCCGUUUCAUUCAAAAGGUAACGGUCAGGACGAGAGGACAGCAGCAACGUCCACCCCCUCCGACUGCUGAGCUCGUCCCCCCGACCCCUUCCUCUUUUUUGAGACGUGAGGAACCUUGCUGGGUGAACCAGCGGGAGCGUGAAAAACAGAUGGAAAAACAGCAACAGAACCUUUAUCUUCCAGGAAUGUGUUUUUAGCCUGGCCAGGUUUUCUAAGUACCACAACACAGACUGUCACGGGACUCCCAUGAACACGGCACGAAAAGAGGGAACGAUCAAGCUGAGUGAGGACUUUUAGCGAAUACUUUUUAAAUCAUUAGUUAAAACCACCCCUUUGCCCCUCCUCUCUCCAGUAGGAACAUUUAAUAAAUAAAUAAAAA